CUCUCAAGGAGGAGGAACGGGAGCAACCAGUGCUGCCGAGAGUUUUGACACCCACAGUCUUCAUAUCGGAUGCUGACACCUUCGCACUAGUGAGAACCUGCUAAAUAUACCCAGCAGUGCCCGUGUACGCGCUACACAGAGGACGGAAAUCAGUCGUAUAUUAGGGAGUGACCCGACCGCUGAAGCGCCCGCAGACACCGAGCCGAGCCCAGGACUCGCUGUCAAGCAUCUCCAACACUUCGGAUUAUGAAAUUGAAGCAAGUACAGCAGUGACGGUGACUCUACGAGAAUCUCCCGCUUUCCAGGGCUGUGAGUUUUCAUCUUCGCGUUAUGGAAGAGGACACCGCGGCUCCCUGGCUCUGAGUGACAGGAUCUUUCCACAGCUUCCCAAAACUGCUGGAUUCAACUAUAAUUAUUUACACUAAUUGCUGGGGAUAUAUCUGAAGAGAUUUUGUUUGAGGAUGUAUUGGUGUUGGCUCUGUGUGACUCUAACGGGAUUGUCCGUGGCUCGCGCUCUGACGGAUCGUCCCUGUGGUGGGAAAAUCACAAUCACCAGUGCUGGGUAUGUGACUUCUCCCGAUUACCCGACUGGAUACCCAGUGAACAAGCAGUGCACAUGGCUGAUCCAGGCUCCUGAUCCACAGCAAAAGAUCCUCAUCAACUUCAAUCCACAUUUUGACCUGGAAAGCCGGGAAUGCAAGUAUGAUUUUGUACAGGUGUUUGAUGGUGCGGAUGAGAACACGCUCUCUCUUGGGAGGUUCUGCGGCAAAAUCGCUCCGUCUCCGAUUAUCUCUAGUGGAAACUCUUUACUCAUCAAAUUCACCUCCGACUAUGAAAGCGCAGGAGCCGGAUUCAGCAUCCGCUAUGAGAUACACCGCACAGGUACUGAAUGUUCCAGAAACUUCACCGAACCACACGGACUAAUCGAAACCCCUGGCUUCCCGGAUAAAUAUCCCAACAACCUGGAGUGCACCUUCAUCAUCUUCGCACCCAAGAUGGCGGAGAUCAUUUUGGACUUUCAGAGCUUCGACAUGGAGCCGGACACAACAGCACCUGUGGGGGCCGUCUGCAGAUUUGACUAUCUGGAGAUAUGGGACGGAUAUCCUACAGUGGGUCCUCAUAUUGGUCGAUACUGUGGUUCCAGACAUCCAGGUCGAGUGAUUUCAUACACCGGCAUUCUCUCUCUCAGUAUCCACACAGACAACGCCAUCACUAAAGAGGGCUUUUCAGCCAAUUACAGCAUCCGAAGCAGCUCAGACCAACUUCAACCACACCAAGAUGAGUGUAUGUAUCCUUUAGGAAUGGAAAGUGGUGAGAUCACAGAAGACAGGAUAGCCGCAUCGUCUCAGUAUAAUCCCAGCUGGUCUCGACUGCGCUCCAGACUGAAUUACCCUGAAAAUGGCUGGACACCAUCGGAAGAUUCUUCUCGGGAGUGGAUACAGGUGGACUUGGGUUUUCUGCGGUACGUGACAGCUAUAGGAACGCAAGGUGCCAUUUCAAAAGAAACCAAAAAAGCAUACUUUGUCAGAACAUACAGGAUCAGUGUGAGCUCAAACGGAGAGGACUGGAUUACCCUGAAAGACAAAACCAAACAGAUGGUUUUCCAAGGAAAUGACAAUCCCACAGAUGAGGUGCGCGCCAUGCUGCCCAAACCCACCCUCACCCGUUACAUACGCAUACGACCUCUGCUCUGGGAACAGGGCAUCUGCAUGCGCUUUGAGGUGUACGGCUGUAAAAUACCAGAUGCUCCCUGCUCCAAUAUGUUAGGGAUGGUUUCGGGUCAGAUUUCAGACUCUCAGAUCUCGGUGUGGCCAUCAGCAGAGAGAGGAUGGCUCCCUGAACAGGCCCGGCUGCUGACCGGCCGGACGGGCUGGGUGGUGGCUCACCCACAGGGUCUCGUGAAGAACCAGUCGCUGGAGCUGGAUCUGGGGGCCCAGCGAAUGGUGACGGGCCUCGUCCUGCAGGGAGGGAAGUACAGAGAUCUGAACAUUUUCAUCAAACGCUUCAGAGUUACUUACAGCGUCAAUGGAACAGACUGGAGCCACAUACUGGAGGAGAACAGCAACAAAGUGAAGGUGUUUAUAGGUAAUCAGAACCAUGACACGCCAGAGGUGCGUACAUUUGAUCCAGUGCUGAUGCGUUUCCUGCGUAUCUACCCUGAGCGUGGCUCUCCUGACGGCAUGGGAUUACGACUGGAGGUUUUAGGGUGUAACCUGCAAGAGCCCACAACACCUCUUCCUCUCGCCACUACUAUGGAGAGUACAGCAGCUACAGUUACUAGCGCUAGUAUGCUACUAGGAAACAUCCCAACAACCACCACUUUUCCAACAACGCCAGAGAAUUGCAACGAUGACGGAAACUGCCUUAGUGAUGCAUUGACAGACUACGACACAACAGAAACUGCAGUUGCAGAGCCAUUUCUGGAGAUGGAAGAAGCACCUGCAUAUCUCUGGUUUGCCUGUGAUUUUGGCUGGGUCGAUCAUCCAUCCUUCUGUGGGUGGAGCCAAGAUGGCGGAGAAGGAGCCGAAUGGCAUAUAAACAACAAUAGCAAACAUGACGAUCACAAACUGCCUAGUCUGGACCACACGGGGAUGCCUAACAACUUCAUUUACGCAACUGCAAACACAAAUGCUCAGAGAGAGAUGGAGAGAACGGACGAGAUGGAGACGGAUGAAGAGCUGGAGAGGAAAGGAGGACGGGUGGCGAGACUGGCCAGCUCACAGGUCACUGCUCCAGAUUCAGACCUGUGCAUGUCCUUCUGGUAUCACUUCACUGAGAAGCAUGCGGGAACGCUAAACAUCAAGCAGAAGAUUGAGCAUGAACAGGUGGAUGAGGAACGAGAGAUUCUGAUCCGCUUGCUGAACGGCCAGUCCAAAAGCAGAUGGAGGGAAGGAAGAGUUUUGCUUCCCAGCGCAGACACACCGUAUCAGGUGAUCAUUGAGGCUCAAGUGGAUCCUACAGAAUCUGGCUACAUCUCCCUGGAUGAUAUAAAGAUAGUGGAAGUGGAUCCUGAAGACUGCAAAGAUCCAGAGAAUACAGAAGAUGAUGAAGAUGAAAUUGAGGAAAUUGUGAACUGUGAGGGCACUGACAACACCAUGUGGAGUUUUGGACGCGGCUCCAUGUUAAAGAGCCUGGACCCCAUCCUGAUCACCAUCAUCGUGAUGAGCGCAGUAGGAGUCCUGCUGGGCGCCGUGUGCGGGGUGCUUUUCUACUGCGCCUGCGCUCACACCACCAAUAGAAACCUCUCCGCUCUGGAGAACUACAACUUCGAGCUGGUCGACGGAGUCAAGCUAAAGAAAGAAAAACUCAGUGCACAGAAAUCGUACACAGAAGCAUGAGGACUACCAGACCAACAGGAAACAUUUGUUAGAGAAACGUUUCAAGAUUGCUGUCGUAAUGUCUCUCAAGGUCAAGACUGAGCGGUUUUCUCAGGACGUGCAGGAAGAGGAACUGGCCUCUAGAGGGUGCCGUGUAUAGAUUGUACAGCCAGACGAUGAUUGUCUUUCUUGUUUGUUCAUUUGUACAUUUGUUGCUGGUGAUGAGACCAAGACGAAACAAAAACAGUUGGAUUUUUUUUAUUCCACAAGCCCCUUUCGCAGAGCUGUACGCCACUGAGUUUUCAGUGUUCUAGUGCUUGUUUAUGUUUGGAGAUGUGUUCGUUAGUUGGUAACUCACACUUCAUCCCGAUAGUGCCUUUAAACGUGUUUUUGUUGCCUUUUCACACAUUUGAGCACAAACUGUUGAUAGACGCAGGCCAAUGCAGGGCAGAGGUCAUGAACUAGUUAACUCUGGAUUACUCUAUUUACCCUGGGUAAACGUAAUCCAGGGGGCUUUACCAUGAAGCCGGAUUAGCUAGCCAGUUAUGUUGCAGUUUGUUUUGCACCAAUUCUGGGUUUUAAGUAAAAUACUUGGGCAGCAAUGAUAAAGUCGAGCUGCCUUAUGUUACCUAAAACCCAAGAUUAGUGCAAACUAAAUUGAAACUUAACUGGCUAGUCGCUAAUCCAGCUUCGUGGCACAGGAUCCUGGGUUAUCUCUUUUCGCGCUGCUUAUAAUUUACCCAGAGAUAACUACUAUUCCUGGUUAUUCAAGCACUGAGGUUUCACACUGUACAAUCCUUAACCCUGGGUUAACCUCCUUAUAUAAUCACGGUGUCAGUAGCUAUGUUUUCAUCCACCUAUUUUUUUUUCUUCUGAGGCAUAAGUAAUUUAUCAAAUAAAUAAAAGAUUCACACAGCUUCUCUUACCGCAGCAAAUUCCAUUUUUACUUUUAAUGUUUGACGCCAGUUAAUCAGAAAGUGAUGAUUUUGCUUUUUUUGACUUGUUGGAUAGAAACACUGCUUUAUUCGCACGUCUUUUAUGCGAUUAUUCAGUUUUGCACAUAAACUUAAUUUGCAUCUUUGGAUGGAAACAUGACUAGGGCUACUGAUUGGAUAAACACUGCAUGCAACAUGUUUUCAAAAAGGCUGUGGCUUUGUGCAUCUUCAUAUUACAUAUUGCUAACUGAUAAAGAUAAAAGUUAAAUGGUCUCUUUAUCGCUCCAAAAGAUGAAUUUUCCUCCACAAUUUGGCAUCCUCCUUUGCUUCAAAUGCUAAAACAAUGGAAUGUUUCUGUCAAAACUGUUGAAGCAUGUGAAUAUGAUGCACGUGACUGGCUGUUGGUUUCCAAGCAGCUAACAGUAACAUUAUAACAGAACAUUUUUCAUUGCACACAUUUAACGUCACAACAUUUGUGGUUUGUAAUUUCCUGUAAAAAAAAAUAGCAAUUAUUUAUAAUCCCCAAUUAUCCCUUUACCCAGGGUUAAAAACAGUGUUUAGAACAGCAAUAACCCAGAGUUAAAAGUGCGAAAAAGUCUUAAAAAUAAAUGUAAUAGAGUGCUGCUGGAAUGACUGAUUUUAUUGGCCAAAACUUAGAAAUGGGUUAGCGUUUUAGUAUGUAAAAAUACUAUUAAAGUUAAUGGCUACAGGUUCCAAAAUUCUACAGAAUUUCUUGUGUGUUCAACAGAAGAAAGAAACUGAAAAGUCUGUGAAAUGUACCUAGGUUUGCAGUGGUUAAUUUACUGUUUUCAUGUUUGUUUAAUGUACAAAAUUGUCUUAAAGGGACAGUUCACACAAAGUGAAAAUUCUGUUAUUAAUUACUCACCCUCAUGUCGUUCCAAACCCAUAAGACCAUCUAUACCAGGCAAAACCAACCCUAUUCCUGGAGAUCUACCAUUUCUGCAGAGUUCAGCUACAACCCUGAUCAAACACACCUGAACUAACUAAUUAGGACCUGAACGGUACUUGAUAAUUACAGGCAGGUGUGUUAGAUAUGGGUUGCAACUGAAAUCUGCAGGAAAGUUGAUCUCCAAGAACAGGGUUGGUCACCCCUGAUCUAUACGGUUAAACCUCAAGUGACACAUGCACUGUUUUGACUGUGUUCUUGAUUCCUUUCUGAACUUUGAAUGUUUCAGGACCCUUACUUGCAGUGUAUGGAAGGUAAGAGAGCUCCCUUACUUUAUCAAAAAACCCUUAAAGGGAUAGUUCACCCAAAACUUAAAAUUCUGUCAUCGUUUACUUACCCUUCACUUGACAUAAACCCGUUUGCGUUUAUUUUAAGAGAAGGUAUUUUGAAAAUGUUGGAAAGCAGUGACCAUUGACUCACAUAGUAUGUGUUUUUCCAACUAUGAAAGUCAAUGGUUACCGGUUUCUAACAUUAUUGAAAAUGACUAUUUAUUGUUUCCAACAGAAAAAAGAGCAUCGUAAAGGUUUUUAUACCUCUUGGGGGCAAGUAAAUAGUGAGUAUAUUUUCAUUUUGGGGUGAACUAUCACUUUAAUUUGCGUUCUAAAGAUAAACAAAGGUCUUAUGGGUGUGGAAUGACAUGAGGGUGAGAUAUUUAUGACAGAGUUUUUAUUUUGGGGUGAAUUAAUUCUUUAAAUGCACAAGACUAUCAUCUGCUUUUCUUUCUUCCUACAAUCAUAUUUAGGUUUCCUAAGUUGCUUUAUUAUUUGAAGAUGAACAAAACAUUUGUUGGUCAUAGAGUCUAUUUCUAGCAAUAAUCCUAAAGCAAUUGGAAAAUAUUUUUGCCGUUUUAGUGAUGCUAACUUCUGGUUCGGCCAGUAAAUAUCCAGCAUCCCUGCAGCGCUCUAUAGAUCUGGACAGGUCGGAUGUACGCAUGACAAUGUUAAGUAGCUAGAAACAGAAUCUUACCACUUUAUUUGAUCCAUCCUCUGUAUAAUGUCAAGAAACAGAUCCGAAAAGACAUUUCAGCUGCCCAUCUGUAAAACUUGUGUUGUAUCGAGUGACAUCAUACAUUCAGAACGACAUCACAACGUCUGCAGGCCAUCUGUGAAAUUAGUGUUUUCCAGAGCAAUCAGGAGACUCACUCUGGGAACGCCUGGGAAUGGAAGCGGAGACAAAGCAAAUGAAGCGUCUAAGAGCGCUAAUGAACAAGCAUCUCCCAAAGGAAAUGCAUUACAUUUGAAGGAUGCGAAAGGCACAAACUGAUCUGUGCUCUAAAGUAUUGGCAGGACGACCUAAGAAAGACUGGACACAAGUGCUGACAAAGGCAUCAUGGUCUGUUUCACACUUCAGAAUUGCAGUUUGUUUUUCAGCAACUGGAAAUGGAGAUGCCAGAGACUGUUCUCCCACUCAAAUGAACCAACGUAUGUCAUUUUGCACUGAGAAUUAUAUUUAAUGAAAGAUUUAGAUAGUAAUAAAAGUGUUAACUACUUUAAAUUGUAAGAGAAAUCCAACUGUCGGUGUAACAGCUCACUUUUUUAACGCUAUUUAAAACGAAAUGGUAUUUUUCUUAAUUGUUAUAGUUGUGACGCUCGUCUGAGAGAUAAUCGCAAACAAAAAAUAUUUCAGUUUCAAUUUUUAGAUGUUAUGAAGUUCAGUCUGUCUGGUGGCUGUUUUGUAUUCACAUUGCUGUGAUGAAAAGACUGAAGACUAAUGUCCCAUCUGCAUCAACUAAUUCAACCAAUCAGCGAUGCGCUAACAAAUUUGACCAAUCCGAUUUAUGAAUUUCUCAAUAACAUUCCAAAGAGUGAAGUUAAUAAAGUUUUUAUAAAGA